UAGAAUUUUGUGCAAAAUAUUUUUAAGAAAAAUCUUCGUGUUGAUAAAAAAAAGUUGGAAAAUAAGAAGAAAUAGCAGUGGGAAAAAUAAAUCAGGGAUAAAUCGUAUAUAAGAUAUAAUUGCUUAUCAUAUUUUGAUAAUCGUAGUAUACUACUUGAUACGUAGUACACUACGUGAUAAACUUAUUUUUUUCGCAAAUGUUUACUCUUGAGAUCCAAAACUCAUGCUACAUUUUAAUUUUUUUCUCAGGGACAAAUAUCAAAAGCAAAUCCGAAAUAUUUCUUGACUUUUUAAUUUCUUUAAUACCUAGUGUUUUUUUUUUGUUUUUUUUUUUAUUACAAAUAAGUGCUAAUUAGCACUUAACAUUAAUGUUGAAACAUAUUUGGUGUCAUGUUCGAUAGCACUUACACAUCAUUUAGAUAUUAUCCAGAUUAGAUCUAUUUUGAUUAGUAAAAUAAAUAAUAUCGUUAUCAUUCGUUAUCAUAAAUUCUUUCUGGAUAUAAAAAUGGAAUGAGAAUAGCGGCACCGAAAGAAUUUCGGUUCUUCCACGCAACUAGACGGCAAUCGAUUAGACAGCAAAAAUGAGGAAUUUUAUUUGUAUCUUGGCACUACUAUGCACAGUUUAUGCAUUAGAACAAGAUGUGCUAGACCCUUCAAAAAAUCUUGAGCGAUUGGUGAACAUACAAAAAAUCUCCGCCGAAGCUGUACUCAAAACUCUACAACUUUUCGAGGAGCGAACGAAACAGAGUCUGGAGGUGAAAUUUAAUGAAAUGAAAACCGAAGCUUUGGUUGAUAUUCAUACUACUAUCACUACGGCACUCAAAAAUGUCGACCUCUCUAUCGAGAAGGGGAAAAAAGAAGGUAAAAACGUAAAUGAGUGUUACACUUAUGCGAAAAAUAAUCUGGAGACGAAAAACACAAAUGCGAUUGGUGGAUUGGAUACAUGCAUUCAAAACGGCUACACAGCCAUGGAAGGACCACUAGAAAACAUGGCCAACACUAUUGAGGCGGCGAAAAAAUUACUGAUCGAUUUGGACGCCAUCAUACCGAGUUGUUACUCUACGAACUUUGUUAAAAUGCAAGCCUGCGUCAUGAAGAAUCUUGUCUUAACCAGAAGGUCCCUGAAUCGUAUCGAAAAUAAUGCCGAGGAGGUGAGAGGUACCGCGACAGUCACGUCCGCGAAGACGAUUAUAGACGUGAGGGCUUGCAUCACGGAGAACGCCUCUGACACGCGCACUUUCAGCACGUUUAUCGUUGUUUAUACUGAUAAUUGCGUGAGAAACGCACCUCCAGAGGAAACUCCGAAACCGCCAAUCACUGUCAAACUACCCAUACCUACUGUCAAGUCGACAAUUAAGUUAGCUUUCUAGUUUUUUUUGUAUUAAAAGCUUCAAAUUUCCAAAAAGAUAUUUAAUGUAAAGUUUUAAACUUUUUAUUUAGCUAGUUUGUACUCUGCUCGUAAUUAAAUUUAUAUGAAUUGACUUUUUAUCUUUAAAAUAGACCACAAUGUUCUUGCUUGAAUAAGAAAUAAUUUUAUUUACUGCUAACCCGCAUACGGUAGUACUGUUUUCUGUAAAUAAUGUCAUGUAAUAUAGAGAGUCGUCAUUUUCGUUGUCAAUCGAAAAAUAUGUCGCUUCGGAUUGUGUAUGUAACUGCGCAAUGUCAAAAAUAAAAAUUAUAUCAGAAGACUAUA